CGAUGACGUAGGUAGAAAAUAUCAUUGCGCAUAUAAAGAAAAAGUCUAAAAAUAGAUAGGGUGAUGACCUAAACUGAAGGAGAGAAACAGGCUAUCAAUUUGUCGAGAAAAACAAACCCAAAAGAACAAUAAUAAAUUGUAGGCUUUAUAUCCUAACAACACAUUUACCUGUUUGCUAUUAUCAGUAAAUUAAUAGGCCUAUUUAAAACAAAAUGGCUGGCAAAAGAAUAAAAAAGGAAUUAAUAGACUUCCAAAUAGAUCCUCCAGCAGGUUGUUCAGCAGGUCCAGUUGGUGAUGACAUUUUUCACUGGCAAGCAAUGAUACAGGGUCCACCUGACAGUCCAUAUGAUGGUGGAGCAUUCAAAUUAUCAGUUCACUUUCCAACAGAUUAUCCUUUUAAACCUCCAAAGAUUGCUUUUACAACUAAGAUUUAUCACCCCAAUAUAAACAGUAAUGGUAAUAUAUGUCUUGAUAUAUUAAGAUCACAGUGGUCACCUGCUUUAACAGUCUCUAAAGUUCUAUUAUCAAUAACGUCAUUACUCACAGAUCCUAAUCCAGAUGAUCCACUUGUCCCGGAAAUAGCGAGAGCAUACAAAACAGACCGGUGUUUAUACAACAAAUCAGCACAUGACUGGACUCUAAAAUACGCCUCUUGAUUAAACAAACAAAACACUUAAACACUUUAUUUCUUUACGUCUUUUUCUAUUCUCAAUAUAUAAAAGACAUUAAUUUUAAAAGGAACUGUUAUGUAUGGGUGGAUUUUAUUUUAAAAAUAAUUGUUAAGGAAUAUAAUUUAAUAAUUUGUUGUUUUCUUUCUAAUCCUGAUAUUACAAUAAUAAUAACAGUGUCUCAUAAACAGAUGUUCCAAAACUAAUAUUUGCUUCCUUUAUGUGUUAUUUAUUGUAUCUAUUUAUUGAUAUUUAUUUACAUGUACUUCCAAUACACAUAAAGCAAUGAUAUAUGUGUCAAAUAAAUAAAUCUUGCUUUGACCUAUUCUUAUUAUUGAUUCAGCAACCAUGGUAUUUAGAACAAACCAUUUUCUGAAAUUCAGAGACUUAUAAAGUCUUUGUGGGUAUAUUGUACUGAUUGGAAUCGAUAAAUUUAUUAAUUAAGGAUUUCUAUAUUCUGCUUUUCAACUGACAACUAUUUCCCAUGAUGUAUUCUAGUUGUUUUAAUGAUUAUGAUAGUUGUACAUUGUGUAUAUUGUAUGAUAUUGCUUUAUAGAAUAAAUGUGUAGUUGAAUGUGGUUAA